AGCAGAUGAGUCUGUUUUGAGGUAAGUUAGGCCAGGGCAGCACAGGAAAGAUCUCAUGUGGUGGCUAAUUGGCACCUCUUGGUUAGUGAUGAGGCUUUUGCGUUACCCUCUCUUCUGAUAGAACAAAAUGAUAUGACACUAUCCCCAAUGCCCUGCCUGAUAGAACAGCUAAGAACACACAAAGCAUGUUGCCAUGAUGCCCCUAAAGCUGAGUGAAUCCAGGGCUUUCUAGGUAAAGGGACGGCUGAAACCUAGGUGAACGUUAGGAGACAUACCCAUCUUGCUACACUGGCGUGUCCUGAUAAAAAUAACUUGGCCCGGCCCCACAGCGCCUUUCUUUGGGGGGAGGUCACUGAAGGGGGGGGUCCGGUGGCCAAGGCUUCUCCACCCGCUUCGGAGUUUGGGAGGGGCUUCCAGUGGCCCCACAAAGCGCUGGUUUUUGCUGGGCGGCCUCUAGGUGGCGCGUGGGUCCCCUGCGGAGCCCUCGUGGGCCGGGUGCGCACAGCUGCGCCCCCGCGGGUCCUAACGUCCGCAAGCUGCGACCAACGCAGGGGAAGGCAGCCCAGGGCUCGAGCUCGGAGAGCGGACGGCGGUGGGCUGCGGGUGCAGGGUCGGUGGGGCCCGGACGCCGCCCUGUAGGCGGGCGCGGGUUCCUGGCCGUGAAGAGUGGGAAACCCUGUGGCCAGGCAUUUCCCUUCCGUCGGCCAGACGGGGGCUGACGGGUACCCCGGCGGCUGGGGCAGGGGAGCCCCGGUGCCUCGCAGGAGCUCCAAAAGUCCUUAGAGACACGGCGGGCAGUGAGCAGGACGUGGCCGGCCAGCUGGUAGCGCUCACGGACCGCUCCUGAGAGGGUGCACCAUGCCGCCGGCCGCGGCACCCAGCUUGGUCUCCCUCCGGGAGCUGGUCGACCUCUCCAUCGGCACCCCCGAGGUGGGUGCCGUCAACUUCACGGCCCUGCACACACUCCUCGUGGCCAUGCUCAAGAACCUCAAUCUGCAGGACACACAGAUCGAUUUCCACUCGCCGUUGCCCGAGCAGAGCCGUGUCUUUGAGUCCUCCGGGACCGCACCCAGUGUCCCGCAUCAGGCUGACCCCAAAGAGAAGCCAAGGAGCAGCAGCGUGAGCAAGACUACGCAGCAGAUGCUGGAGAACCAGGUGACGGACCUGGGUGGACAGGUCCAGGACCUCAGCAAGCAGCUCAAGACCAUGGAGAGCCAGGUGCAGGGCAUCGUGACCCACGUGCAGCACAUCACCACCCAGGUUGGCCAGCCUAGCCUGGACAUCCGGGAACUGCCAGUGGAGGAGACAGCCUUGCUGAUGCCUGAGAGGAUGCGCACAGGGUCAAUGAAAGCUGUGAAGGAUCACAAGGUGGUCAGCGCCACCCAGGCCGUAGAGCUGCACCAGGAUGUCAUGAAAGAUGUGAAAACCCUAAAAGACCAGCAAAAGGCACAGGAGCACCCUGAGUUGAGCCUCCAGAAAGCCUUCCAACGGAUUGAUGAACUAGAGAAGCUCCUCGGAGACCAGGAGGAUUGCAUGAAAGCCUUCCAACGGAUUGAUGAACUAGAGAAGCUCCUCGGAGACCAGGAGGAUUGCAUGAAAGCCUUCCAACGGAUUGAUGAACUAGAGAAGCUCCUCGGAGACCAGGAGGAUUACAUGAAAGUCUUCCAACGUAUUGAUGAACUAGAGAAGCUCCUCAGAGACCAGGAGGAUUGCAUGGAAACAGUGAGCCGGAAGCUGAGUUUGAUACCUGCUGGAGAAGACGUCACCAUGGUCACCUGGGAGGAGCUAGAGCAAGCAAUUACUGAUGGCUGGAGGGCCUCACAAGCGGGCCUGGAGUCCCCAACAGCAGGGCUUCCGAAGCACAAAGGGCAGGCUUCUUUUACAUCAAAUGGUGCAGCCCACAGUGGAGUCCCCACCAAACACCCGAGUAUUGACCAGGCUCCAGAUUCUGCCAGUGGUUUGGGCUCAGAUCGGACCUUGUUAGGCAUCAGUGGCACUGGAUACCCCUCCGAAGGGAUUGCUAGCAGGGAACAGGGCAGGGUUACCUCUGCUGCUGGGUUUCCAGAUAGAGAACAGCAUGUAAGGGCCGGUGAUGAAGCGGGCCUGGCAAAGCCCCAUCACCCCCCCGUGUCCCAAUUCAAAACAGAGUCUGAUCGUCACAGGACUAGCUUACCUCCGCAUCUGAGAAGAGAUGACCGAGAUGCACACCCUGGCCCUGAGCAACAGGACUCACCCUCGGCCAGAGACGGGCAUCACCACGCACACCCAGAUCAGCAUGGGGGGCUGCCCAUUAGCCAGGGUCAUAUCUGUCAGCAUAGAUCAGGCCCAGCUGGCAUGGAUCCACUUAUACUGCUCCAUCCUAGUGCUCACCCACAGGGUGUGGUACCCUUUAGCAUGGGUCAGCUUGGUGUGAUGCCACCUGGAAUGGACGAGCAGGGAUUGGUAGUACCUGGCGUGAGUCAGCGUGUGGUGCCACCACUGGUACCUGGCAGAGAUCAGCAAGGAUUAGUACUACCUAGUCCAGAUCAGUCUUCUGUGGUUCCACUCAGCACAUAUCAGCAUGGCAUGAUACUUCCUGGCACAGAUCAACGUGGUAUGGAACAGCCUGGGACAGAUGACAGUGACAUGGGAUCACUUGGCAUGGAUCAGCAUAGAUAUGUAAUGUUUGGCACAGACCAGCAAGGACCCAUACCUUCUGAUGUAGACCGACAUGGAUCGGUUCUACCUUUUACGGAUCAGCAUGGUUUGGUAUCGCCUGGCUUAGUGCAAGUUGCUACAGUUCAGCGAGGUUUUGUGCAGCCCAGUUUGGAGACAUCUGGCUUCAUACAACCUGGUACAGAGCAGCAUGUGAUCCAGCCUGGCCCAGGUCAGCCUGCUUUGGUCCAGCCUGGAAUAGAUCAGCGUGGUUUGAGGCAACAUGGUACAGAUUUACGAGGUUUGAUAUUGCCAGGCACAGAGUUUCGUGGCCUUCCAACAUUCCACACAGGUUCUCGAAGUUUUUUAUCACCUCGCCCAUAUCAGCAUGGAAUGGUACCUUCUGGCAGAGAUCAACAUGGCCAGGUACCACCACUCCUAGCCAGUCAAGAUUUGGCAUCAACAGGCAUAGACCAAGAGGGUUUGGUACCACCAGAAAUUCAUCAGCAAGGUCGUAUGCAUCCUGGCACAGCCCGGGAUGGCCCAACACCAUCACGCACAAGUGUGGGAUCUGCACACCUAGAAGAACGACAUUUGCUGUCACCUGGCCCAGAUCAGCGUGGCCGUGCAUAUCCAGUAUUAGACUCCCAUGACGUGAUGUAUCCUGGCCCUCAUGGCCCAGGGUACCCAGGUGUAGAUCAGUACAUCCGGGUAGGUUCGGAUCCAAAUCAAAUACAUACAGCAGACCAACCUGGGAUUUCUCUCCAAACUACCGCAAGCCAAGAGGCUUCCAUUUCCAGGAAUGAAGACUACCUUAGCAGUUUCUACCAAGUCUCACCAGGAAAGAGUGACACCCAGAGAGAGAGACGUGCAUCCCUGGAUAAACUGGCUUCUAGCUUCCCAAUGGCAGUGGAAGCAUUUCGUCUGAUGGGAAAGCUCAUCGGUCUCUAUAUGGAGCUAAAGAAGAACACGGAAAAUCUGGAUGAGGAGCAAGCUGGCCAGACCGACUUGGAGAAGAUUCAGUACCUGCUCACUCUGAUGGCCAAAAAGACCGUACCCCCCGACCUACAGGAGCAGCUCAACACCUUCAAGACCUUGACUGCAGAAGUUCAGCAAGAUAAAGCCAAACUGGACAAGAUGCAGAGGAUCCUGGAGGGCGAAGGGGAGCAAGGAAAGGGGGAAGAGAUGAAAGAUGGCCAGCUGAGCUUGCAGCUGGGUACCCUCAGAGUCACCGUGGCUGACAUUGAGAAGGAACUGGCUGAGCUGAGGGAGAGUCAAGAGCGGGGAAAGGUCAGCGUGGAACGUUCCGUCUCCGAAGCCUCCCUCCACCUGCAGGAGCAGUUAGACAAGCUCAGGACGAUCAUCGAGAACAUGCUGGCCUCAUCUUCCACGUUGCUGUCCAUGAGCAUGGCCCCACACAAGGCCCUGACCCCCUUAGCACCUGGCCAGAUUGACCCCGAGGCCACCUGCCCAGCAUGCAGCCUGGACCUGAGCCACCAGGUCAGCACACUGGUGCAGCGCUACGAGCAGCUCCAGGACAUGGUCAGCAGUCUGGCUGUCUCCCGGGCCUCCAAGAGAGCCAAGCUCCAGAGCCAGGAUGAAGAGCUACUGGGCCACGUGCAGAACGCCAUCCUGCAGGUGCAGGGCAACUGCGAGAAGCUCAACAUCACCACCAGCAACCUCAUCGAGGACCAUCGGCAAAAGCAGAAGGACAUUGACGUGCUGUACCAGAGCCUAGAGAAGCUCCAGAAGGAAAAGGCCAACAAGGAACACUUGGCGAUGGAGAUCGACGUGAAAGCCGACAAGAGUGCCCUGGCAGCCAAAGUGAGCCGCAUCCAGUUUGAUGCCACCACGGAGCAGCUGAACCACAUGAUGCAGGAGCUGGUGACCAAGAUGAGCGGGCAGGAACAGGACUGGCAGAAGAUGCUGGACAAGCUCCUGACAGAGAUGGACAGCAAGCUGGACCGCCUGGAGCUGGACCCAGUGAAGCGGUUGCUGGAGGAUCGGUGGGAAUCCUUGCGGCAGCAGCUCAGAGAGCGCUCUCCAUUCUACCAGGCAGACGAGGCGGCUGCCAUGCGGAGGCAGCUCUUGGCGCAUUUCCACUGCCUCUCCUGUGACCGUCCCUUGGAGACACCUGUGACUGGAGAAAUCAUCCCUGUGACUCCUGUGGGCCCGGGCCUGCCCGGGCACCGCUCUCUCCGCCCCUACACAGUCUUUGAACUGGAGCAGGUCCGGCAGCAGAGCCGCAACCUGAAGCUGGGCAGUGCCGCCUUCCCUCGGGGCGACCUGGCGCAGGUGGAGCGGAGUGUGGGACGCCUGCACACCAUGCACGCCAGGAUGCUGAUGGACAUCGAGAAGGUGCAGAUCCACUUCGGAGGCUCAGUCAAGGCCAGCAGCCAGAUGAUCCGAGAGCUGCUGCAGGCCCAGUGCCUCAGCUCCCCCUGCUACAAACGGAUGCCCGACACAGCGGAUUACACCUACUCCACCGUGCCUCGGAGCUGCGGAGGCAGCCACACCCUCGCCCAGCCACACCGCCACGGCCGCCUGCAGCAUCCGGCCCAGGGCCUGUACCCCACGGAGGAGAUCCGGAUCGCCAUGAAGCAUGAUGAAGUGGAUAUCUUGGGCCUGGAUGGACACAUUUAUAAGGGACGAAUGGACACAAGGUUGCCAGACAUCCUGAGGAAAGACACCACAGGGGUUACAAGGCCCAAGACCAAGCAGUCCCAGCCCCACGUGCACCAGCUACGGUCCCUCAGUGACGACGGCCAACUGCCCUCCCGGCCCCAGAGUGCCCAGACGCUGGCUGGCAACAACUCAGGUGGCCCUGCUGACGAGGGCACUUUGAGAGUGGGAUGUCAGGUGUCCACGUGUGAGCUGUACCUUGGAGCUAAGCUCUGGUACUGCUCCCACCUGGCACCAAAGGACCAAGAGGGCUCCCUGCUAUCCCCGGCGCUCUUUGCACUGAAGUCUUGGCAGGCUUCUACAGACAUGGAAGGGUCCUCUGCCUUCAGAGCCUGCCGUAGUACCCUGACGACUGACCGGGCAGAGGACACCCACGUGCUGGGCGGGGGCUGCAGGGAGGGGCUCACCAGGAGUCCGACUCGGGCGCAGCCACCCUGUGCACACACAGGCCCCCUGCCCACCCAGCCACCUGCACUGGGAGGGCUCUGCAUCUGA